GUGCCGCUUGCGCGCAAUUUAAAACCCCCUCCGGCUCCAACCGCUCGUUGUUUGCCCGUUCUGGUUGAGCCGGUCCGCGUUCCGUGCCCGCGCCGGCCUCCCGAGACCCUCCACCAAACCACGCUCCAAGAACGCAACAACAACAGCACGCAGAAAAGAAUCAACCGGCCGCGCAGCCGCACCCCCCAAGAGCAUCGUGACCAUGUCCAUGUCCACCUCGCCGUCGGCGCACCUGCGACGAUACCCCCAGUGAGUGGCGGCGGCAGGGACGUGCGCGCGUCAUGGCGGUGCUGUGGCUCAGGCUGCUGCUCGCCGUCGGGCUCCCCAUCGCGGCGCUGGUCGCGGUCGCGUUCCUUGUGUACAGGCGGCGGAGCUCGCCCCGCAACGCGCCGCCGGAGCUCCCGGAAGUUGCCCCCGCGGCUGGUGUGGAGCCGACGGCGAGCCCUGGGCUGGCGAAGCUCAACAUGAGGUACAGCACAGCCAGCGCCCGCGUGGGGCUCCGGUUCCAGCAGCUGCACCAACACCACCACCGCGUCGACGUGAGGCACCGGGGCCCCGGCGGCGCGCAGCAGGGCCCGUUCCAGUGGGCGGACCACCCGCGGCUGGUGACGGAGGCGGCGGAGAACGGGUGGGCGCAGUUCGUGUUCGCCGUCGCGCCGCCGCGGUCCAAGUCCGCCUCCUCGUCGCCGCUCUGGGGCACCUGCCCGAUCUGCGACGCCGACACAAGCCGCGACAUGGCGGAGGCGGCCGCGUGGGAGCUCCCCGCGGGGUCGUCCGAGCGGAUGCAGGCCGUGCGGCUCAACCCGGCCGCCGCCGCCGCCGCCGCGUCGUCCACCAAGAGGUGGCUUCCCGGAAGCAUCCCGAGCCCGCUCCGCGGCGACGCCGACGCGGGGAACAACCCCAGCGCGCUGUGCCUCGCAAGGAUGAGCCUGCCUCUGCCGGGGCCGCCGCUCGCCGGCGCGCCGUUCCCGCAGGACGCCUACUUCGAGAUCACCAUCAUCUACCUGAACACGAAACGGCCGGAAUGGUCGGCGUCGAGGGCGAGCCGGCGUGGCCGGGACGGCGCCAGCGAGAGCGACCGCGUCAAGCUCAUCAGCUUCGCACCGGACGCCAAGGACCCGGUCCAAGAAAGCAGAGCCUCCAAGGACGAUCAACAGGACAAGCAGAGGCACCUGGUCAUGUCCCUCGGCCUCGCCGUCGCGUCCGCCGCUCCGGCACGGCCGGCGCUGGCGGGGACGUACGCGUCGUCCAUCGGCUUCUACUCCAACGGCGCCGUCUACCUCGACGGGAUGAAGCUGGUGUACGAAUCGGACAAGUCCUCGUGGGUCGGCGUGGACAAGGUGGUGGGUUGCGGCUUCGAGCCGGCGAAGCGGAAGGUGUUCUUCACGGUGGACGGGCAGCUGGUGCACGCGGUGAGCUGCAACGCGGAGGCGUUCGCGAGCCCGCUGUACCCGGUGCUGGCCUCCAGCUUCGACGUCAUGGCGCUGGUCAACCUCGGGCAGGGCAAGUUCCGGUACGCGCCUGCGAACGCGCGGCGCACGGCGAACCCGUGCUUCGUGCGCGCCGCGUCCGCCGUCGACGCCCGCGGCGGCGGCGGCGGUAGCGACUCGAUGGGGCUCGACUUCGACGACAGCGGCGAGCUCUUCUCCAUGGGCCGCGUGGACUCCGGGUGGAUGGAGGCGCUUCGGGCGAGCAAAAGCAGGAAGGACAGCGUCACCGGCUCCGGCGCGGCGUCCGUCGGCGACCCGGAGGCCGAGUCCGACCUGUUCGAGAUCUCGCUGCGAGACUGAUGAACGCGCGGUGACGGCAGGAGACCGACAGGUGGCCCGUUUGUCAAACACGGGUUAGUUGUAGUUAAUGGCGACUGGCCACGCCGAUACUGACAGAUGCUUUAGCAGCUUAGGAGUUAGGACACUGCAGGAUAAUUUGGCACUUGCUGUUGUUGCUGUUCAUGUAUCAUCGUCUAGCUGCUGUUACCUAGAUGUGAAAAAAGUGUCGCAGGUAGGUUAAAAGGAUUGAAAGUUUGUCUUACGUAACGAGCUUUUGAUUCGUUGUUCAUCUCCUUUUA